AGAAGGCAACAGCUCUACCAUCCUCCCAACAUCUGAAGCCCCCCAUAGAAACUCCUCUUGGAAUUGGUGGUUCCCUGUCUGACCCAAAUGCUAGGCCGAUUUCAACUAUUCUCCUUGGUCCAGAGUUUCAGACUGGGAUUUGGAGCCUGCUGCUAUCCAAACCGAAAAUGUGCAGCUCAGACCAUCAGACCUCCUGACUCCAGGUGCCUAGUCCAAGCAGUUUCUCAGAACUUUAAUUUUGCAAAGGAUGUGUUGGAUCAGUGGUCCCAGCUGGAAAAGGACGGACUCAGAGGGCCUUACCCCGCCCUCUGGAAGGUUGGUGUCAAAGGAGAAGAGGACAAAUGGAGCUUUGAAAGGAUGACUCAACUCUCCAAGAAGGCCGCCAGCAUCCUCUCAAACACCUGUGCCCUCAGCCAUGGAGACCGGCUGAUGAUAAUCCUGCCCCCAACACCUGAAGCCUACUGGAUCUGCCUGGCCUGUGUGCGCUUGGGAAUCACCUUUGUGCCCGGGAGCCCCCAGCUGACUGCCAAGAAAAUUCGCUAUCAAUUACACAUGUCUAAGGCCCAAUGCAUUGUGGCUGAUGAAGCUAUGGCCCCAGUUGUAAACUCUGCCGUGUCCGACUGCCCCACCUUGAAAACCAAGCUCCUGCUGUCAGAUAAGAGCUAUGAUGGGUGGUUGGAUUUCAAGAAGCUGAUUCAAGUUGCCCCUCCAAAGCAGACCUACAUGAGGACCAACAGCCAAGAUCCAAUGGCCAUAUUCUUCACCAAGGGUACAACAGGAGCUCCCAAAAUGGUCAAGUAUUCCCAGUAUGGUUUGGGAAUGGGAUUCAGCCAGGCUUCCAGACGGUGGAUGGAUCUCCAGCCAACAGAUGUCUUGUGGAGUCUGGGUGAUGCCUUUGGUGGAUCUUUAUCCCUGAGCGCUGUCUUGGGAACUUGGUUCCAAGGGGCCUGUGUGUUUCUGUGUCACAUGCCAGCCUUCUGCCCUGAGACUGUUCUAAAUGUCCUGUCCAGAUUUCCCAUCACCACUCUAUCUGCAAAUCCAGAGAUGUACCAGGAACUGCUUCAGCACAAGUGUUUCACCAGCUACAGAUUCAAGAGUCUGAAGCACUGUGUGGCUGCAGGAGGACCCAUCAGCCCUGGGGUGAUUGAGGACUGGAAACGCAUCACUAAGUUGGACAUCUAUGAAGGCUAUGGACAGACGGAAACUGGUCUACUCUGUGCUACUUCCAAAACAAUAAAAUUGAAGCCAAGCUCUCUGGGGAAGCCAUUGCCACCUUAUAUUGUCCAGAUUGUGGAUGAAAACUCAAAUCUCCUGCCUCCAGGGGAAGAAGGAAAUAUUGCAAUCCGCAUAAAACUAAACCAACCUGCUUCUCUGUACUGUCCACACAUGGUGAGCUGGGAGGAAUAUGCCUCAGCAAGAGGCCACAUGCUUUACCUCACAGGUGACAGAGGGAUCAUGGAUGAAGACGGCUACUUCUGGUGGUCGGGUAGAGUUGACGAUGUUGCCAAUGCAUUGGGUCAGAGAUUGUGAAUGCUGUGGUUAUUGCUAUUGAGCCUGGGGCUGUGGGAGUUUGAAGAAGACUGGACUUCUUCCAAUACAUAGGAAUUAUAUCUCUAAAGUUUAGAAAAUGCAAACAACCAAAAAUAAAAAAAUAAAACUCAUCCACAAUCUCA